AUGAUCGGCCUGCAGGAAUGUGGGCCCGCGCCGCCUAGGGCGCCGCUACCUUCAAUCGCUUCCGCCCCUGGUAACCACGGGGGCAGCAAUCGCAUCCGUGAAAGAACCGCCUUAGCCGUCGACUAUUACAACACCCAUGUCCAUCGGGCUUGGACCAACGCUGGAUUGUCCACCAACAGCAGGUCUUCAUUCAACGAUAGACAUCAUCACAAUCAAGCGACUCGAAGACCCCAAUAUUUGGUGCCGGAUAAUCUCUGUCGGAGCAACUCGAGUCUAGAGCUAUUGGACCACAACGGUCGGCCGUCGAAUUCCAGUUCCCCUUUGUUGAAAAGGGAAUACGGUAGCCACGGGUCCAUAGACGUUAUCGAUAGGCCUAGUGGGAUACCGGCGAAUAAUGAGUUUUUUAAAAUGCUGCAGGACUAUCGACCUGCAGGUUUGGUGAGUACGGAUCAACGAUCUCCCGGUCCGUCCGAGUACCUGCGCGGGAAGGUGGACGGCAAUUCCGAUGAAUCCGUACAAAGUCCCAAAUACAAAAAUAAAUUGAAAAAACACUUUUGGGCCAACGGCGCCGCUCCCAACAAUCUCAAAAAUUCCAAACAGACGAUGGAGGAGAGCGCGAUCAACAGCAGCUCUUCGGUGUGCAUUUCCGCCGAAUCCGAAGAGAUUGCGAGACGAAGAGCCUUCGCCCAUUACGAUUGCCAAUCGUUGACGACCAAUUUAAAUUAUUCCGUUAGAUUGAGGAAGAGUUUGUUGGCCAAAAGACGAAAUACAGCUACAGGUGCUUCGGCGGCUUCGGUGAUGGCCAGAUCAUCAACUCCUGACGGCGAAUCGGAAGACGAUCUUGGCGACGGUCAAAGCAACGAUUUAGUCGAAAGUUGCCCGUUUUUUAGGAACGAAAUCGGCGGCGAGGAGGAACGAAUAGUCAGCUUGACAAGGUUGCAAAACGGAAACACUCGGAAACCUCUUCACAGACCGCCUUUGGCGUACGGAGUGGCCGUAUUGGAGUUUCAGCCCGGUGAAACGCAUUGGAGACAUUCCACUUGUCCGUACCAAAGGUUUCCGCGACCGAUCGAAAACGUCGAUCAAGGGGCCCUCUACUACAGGAAAUACUUCGUAGGCCAAGAUCACCAGAACUGGUUUGGUAUGGACGAGCAAACCGAUGAUCCCGUGGUUAUAUCGAUAAAACGAGAAAAAGUUGUACAUCCUGAGAAUCAAUUAACGACGACACUUAUGCAAUACCAAUAUAGGGUUAUUGUGCGAACGUCGGAGCUCCAAACCCUGCGCGGCGCCGUUUUGGAAGACGCCACGCCCAACAUAAAGCCGUCGAGCAACCCGAAAACGCUGAAUACCAAAGAAGUCCUCGAAUACGUCGUGCCCGAAAUUCAGCUGGGCUCCCUCAAAUUGGGCAUCCAGAACCAGCACGUGGUCGAGCAGAUCCUGAAGCUCGACGAGCAAGGCCUGACCAACCACUACAAAGUCGGCGUGAUGUAUUGCAAGGCCGGCCAGAACACCGAAGAGGAGAUGUACAACAACGAAAAAGCGGGGCCCGCUUUCUUGGAAUUCUUAGAGACUAUCGGGAAGACCGUGAAAUUAAACGGUUUCGAUAAAUACAGAGCUGGAUUGGAUAAUAAAACUGAUUCAACUGGCUCGCAUUCGAUUUACGCUCAAUACCAAGAUUGCGAAAUCAUGUUUCACGUAUCGACUAUGCUUCCAUUUACGCCCAACAAUCGGCAACAGUUGCUCAGGAAGCGGCACAUCGGCAACGACAUCGUGACCAUCGUCUUCCAAGAACCUGGUGCUCGACCUUUCACUCCGAAAGGCAUACGAUCUCAGUUCCAACACGUUUUUAUCUUAGUGCAAGCCAUCAAUCCCUGUACGGAGAAUACGCAUUAUAAGGUGGCCGUAAGCAGAUCGAAAGAUGUGGAAGUGUUCGGGCCGCCGAUCAAGGAAGGCGCCAUAUUUCCCAAAGGUAAAGUGUUCGCGGAAUUCCUGCUCGCCAAAGUGGUGAACGCCGAGAAUGCCGUCCAUCGCUCCGACAAAUUCGUCGCAAUGGCAACGCGCACGCGCAAGGAGUACCUCAAGGAUCUCGUUCAAAAGUAUUCAACGUCCACUAUCAUAGAUACGGGACAAAAAUUUUGUGAGUUUAUUGAUUUGCUCUUAGCGAUAUUCAGCAGCAAAAAGAAGGAAAAAAUCCGUCCCCGGUUCAUACCGGACCUAUGCCAAAGAGGUGCCAUUUUAUGGCAAGUAUUAUUAGAUGAUAGCGGCCAAGGGCAACAAAUCGAAUGUUUCCUCGGCAUCUCCUCCGACACGUUCGUUCUCAUCGAAGAACAUUCGCGCCAGAUCGUAUUCGUAACGCCUUGCAAGUCGAUCUUGGGCUGGUCGCCGCAGACCAACAGCCUCAGACUGUACCAUCACCAAGGCGAAUGCAUGACCAUCCACAUGCGCGAUUCCCACGGCGAUAGGGACGAAUUGAUGGAGAUUAUGGAUAGAUUGAAGGCUGUUACGUUCGGGCACGUCGCCCAAGAAUUAACCAUAACCCGCAACAUUAUGGGCCAGCUGGGCUUCCACGUCCAACCAGACGGGAUCGUCACGCUAGUAGAAAGCGCCGGGCAGGCUUGGCAGGCGGGUUUGCGACAGAAUUCCCGCUUGGUGGAGAUCUGCAAAGUCGCCGUGGCCACUCUCACCUACGAUCAAAUGGUUGAUCUUUUGAAAACGUCCAUAACCGUUACGCUGACUGUGAUACCGCCGUUGCGCGACGGCACGCCUCGUAAGGGCUGCACCUUGCAGAACUGCAAGUACAACGAGGCCCACUACGAGGGCGACUACGACAACACGACCGAGGAGAGCAAGGGCAGGAGGGCGCCGCAGAUGCAGCAGGCCGUGUCCGGCAAUCACCGGAAGAUCUACGAGAGGAGCUUCUCGCCGCCGAGGAGCAGUAACAGCUCCGGUUACGGUACCGGCAGCAGUAGCAAGUCGUUUCACGGGCCUGAGGCUAGAUUUCAAAAUAAUAUAGAGGGUACAUUAACCAGUUCAUCAAGUGGCCACUCUGACGACAAAUGGUACGACUUGUUGCAGGAAUUCGAGGCGCCGCCGGUGCCGCACAAGACGAACCAUCAGCAGCACGUCUCCCGCUUCCACCACGCCAACAACACCUUCCCGAGCACGCCCAAGCGGAACAACUCCCACCAGGCGGUGCACCUGCACGUGCCCCAAACCAACCACUACGCGCCCCAGCAGCACAACAAGUUGCACGCGAGCAACUCGCUGCCGCUGCAGAACCUCAACGCGUCGCAACCGCUGACGGCCGCUUUGCACAACAGCACCACCGACAUGGAGAUAUACAAAAGCGAGAAGAACAAUCUGCUGAAGCAGCACAACGAACGGCUGCGCCUGGAGAGCGACUACAUGAGCAUGCGCCCGUCGCGCUCCGACUACGCCGCGGUGCAGUGCUUUGAACAACGAUUUCUCGCGGAUGAACGUCAACGAGAGCCAUUCGACCGACAGCUCCAUCAGCGAGAGGAUGAACAUGAUCGGCAGCGAAGAGGAACUGUCCAACGGCGGCUCGCCGAGGACCCGGCGGGCUAUGAAACACGUGCAGAAUUACACCAAUCGCAACCAGAGCCCUAGGUCUCUGAUGAACGAGGCGAAGCUGCGACCGGGCGUUACGUCGCGCGGCUCCAACAGGAACAGCGCCAAUUUGUCGAAUUUCCAAGAGGAGCUGCUCCGCUUGAUCAACCCGAUAACAUAGACUCGUCGAUCGACCAAAAAAUCGAAAAGGAACCGAAAAACCAUUCGAGGGAGAACUUGAACAAUACGUUGAGCAUACACAAGUCGCAGCCGGAGGUGAUUUUGACGAUGGCGCGACCGGCCACCGUUAUUUCUAACGCUAGUACCACUUCGAGUCCUCUAUCGGUGGAAUUCAAAAGGAUUCAAGACGACGUCGGUGCUUCGCACGUGCCUUUAACCAAGCUGAAGAACACCAUCAGUUUUCCGGACGAUAUCCCGUUGCCCGAAGACGGCGAUUGGCCGAGUUUAGUGGACACUGCCACUUCGUUCAUAAAUCAAACCGGAUCGUGCGAUAACAAGGAUUUGGAACCGAAUAGAUGCUGGGACGGCGACGGUGUCAUCGACGCUUCUAUUAGUUCCACGGUGAGUUCGAGUACCAGCGUGCCGGAGCUUCAGAACCACGUGGCCGAAUUGGAAUCUAAAGUGAGCUUGGAGACGCGUCGUAGACUGUCGUUGGAAGAGGAAGUUCGAAGGCUCAGAGAGGAGAACAGGCAGUUGCAAGAUCAGGCGCAAUCGGCUGUACAACAAUUGAAAAAGUUUACGGAAUGGUUCUUCAAAAACGUGAAAAGACAGUAA